GGCGAAUUCAAUAUUCCCCUGCCGAAUUUAUUUUGACCAAUCAACAUCCAGCGCACUUUGCUGCUCGCGCAUUCUACGCCAAAAAAAAAGUGACGGGAGCUAUGAAAUAGUCUCUUAUACCCAUUUCGAUAUCGAGGUAUCCCAUUCCACAACCAUUAUGCUACGACCUAGAUUACGGAUACCAAGGGUGAGUCGGUUAUGGCGUCCAGUACCAUCGUUCCGUUCAAUACACCACGUUCCUAGCCUAGACAUCAACCCAGAGGAGGGAGUCCCCGGGUUACUAUCUCCAGGAGGCUUCGACUUCGCAUGGACCCAAUACCAGCAGCUUGUUGUAGAGAGACUCAAUAUUUUAAUAGCUGGUAGCGAUUAUGAACAAGCUGAGGUCCUAACCAUCCUUAAGUCAGCCGCGCGAGAGCCUUCACAAGCGCCUAUCUUUAACUAUGCAUCCAUGGCACAUAACAACCAUUUCUUCUUCAAGAAUCUCAGCAUCAAUCCGGGCUCAGUGGAUCUUCCCGAUGAAGAAAAGAUCCCCCACCUACUAAAGCACGAGCUGUCAAGGCAAUUCAGUUCGAUCGAAACACUCCGUCUCGAAUUUCUCGUCACGGCAAUGGCCAUGUUCGGGCCCGGAUUCGUGUGGCUAGUCAAGAACGCGCAGUCAACCGAAUUGCGCAUUCUGACAACUUACUUAGCGGGGAGCCCGUACACGGCAGCUCACUGGCGACGCCAGGGUCUCGACAUGAAUACACAGAGCAUUAGUGCAAAUAGUCCGACCAAGAGCUUUCUAGAGCGCAGCCAGGCAGCAGUCGGCGGAGACAAUGGCGGCAGAUUCGUACCCCAGAGCCUGGCCGCGCCUGGUGGCACCGACGUCAUCCCCCUUCUAUGUUUAAAUACGUGGGAACAUGCGUGGCUACGAGACUACGGUAUCGGCGCCGGUGGCGUAGGAGGAAAGAGGCAGUUCGUUGAGAACUGGUGGAAGGUCAUCAACUGGACCAACGUUGAGAGCGCAGCGAACAUCAAAAGACCCGAACUCAAGACAUGAUGAGGAAAUAAUUCGGUAUGAACAAGGUGGAGACUUUCGCUCCCAGGCAGUUCGACUUGUAUGAUACUCAAAACGCCUUUCAAAAGUAAGGGAGGGCCAUGUGCUAUACACUCAAAAUGUACAUGAUAUUACCAAAAGGUAGUACGUCUUCAAAAGGUGGUAGACGAAGUGGACUGAGGUAUGAAUAAAUAUCCGAUACUACCAAGCGCUCCGGAAAUAUUCUUUUAUUAUCCAAGAUUCGGAAUUGGGCGCUUGGAUAAUAUCCUCCUGGCAGAUUAUUCAACAACCACCAAGUCUAUAAGAGCAAACG